AUGAUGGUUCGCCUGCAGUUGCUGCUGUCGUUUUGCCGCUGCCACGUCGGUUAUGGUACUACGGCUGGCAGGACUGGUCCGACACAGUCGGGUACCAACACCGGUGAUUCGCCUCUCAUCGAGGCCAUCGCCUCCGGGACUGAGACAAUGAGUUUGGAAGAGGCGCUGAGGGUUCUUGGAUACCGGUUGUGCCAUAUGGAAGAUCUAAUCAAAGAUCUUUCUCACCCAGCAGCCUGGUGCAGUUUCGCAGACGGGCAUUCAACAGCAGAGGCACUCUUCCACAAUGUUACCGAGGAGGGGUACAACGCGACAAUGGACAAUUCGAUGUGCGACGUCUACGCAGACCAGCUGCGAAUAUUCCUAGAUGCGAGAGUCGUGCACACGCAGCACCCUAAAGAGAACGCUGGGUGA